AUGCAGGGCGUCCUUGCCGGAUACGUCGAUCACCGAGUGACCGAAUAUAUUCGGAAUAUAAGACCAGUUGAAGAGCUCCAAUUCCUUCACACGAGCCGUCAUUACACCUUCCAACACAAAAUGUCAUUACCGAAGCUCAUCGUCCACCACCUCCAAAUCGGCCAAGGGGAGCGCAUCCCAUGGCUCCUCGAGGAGCUCAACAUUCCUUACGAGUUGAAGCUGUACAAACGCUCGCCUCUUCUGUCACCACCUGAACUUCAGGCGGUCUACCCUAUAGGUGCUUCACCCGUCCUUGAAGACCUUACCGAUCCAUCCAACCCCGUUAAGAUUGCCGAAUCUGGCGCCAUCACCGAUUACAUCAUCCACAAGUAUGGUAACGGACGGUUGGCCCUAAGGCCGCAAGACAAGAACUUCGCAGACUACCUCUACUGGCUUCAUUUCGCGAAUGGCUCGUUGCAGUCUGGACUGUUCAGAAGGGGUAUGUCGCGCGGCAUGGUUGGCGAAGACGACCCUCGUUACAAGGGCCAAGUCGCACGUUGUGAUAAGAUGCUGAGCCAUAUCGACAACCGUCUUCAAAACAACAAGUGGCUUGCAGGCGAGGAGUUCACUGCUGCCGAGACCAUGACGGGGUGGUGCUUCACAACGAUGCGCAAGUUUGAGCCAAUGGACUUGACCGACUACCCGGGCAUUUUGGCAUGGCUGGGUCGCAUUGGUGAGCGCGAAGCUUAUAGACGCGCAAUGGGUAAAGCCGAUCCCGAUCUAGACAUUGAGCAGGGGAUCAGCGCGAAAGGUCCACCGAUGAUGGAGGCAUUCGUGAAGGCUAUGGCGAUGAAGCCGGGGUCCAUAUGA